AUGUCGAUUAUGAGCUACACUGGAGGAACCGUCGUCGCCAUGGCCGGUGAUGAAUGUGUUUGUAUUGCCUCGGAUCUUCGUAUUGGAGAACAAAUGACAACAGUUGCAACUGAUCAGAAAAAAGUUCACAAGGUUACGGACAAAGUUUAUGUCGGGCUUGCUGGAUUUCAAUCGGACGCUCGCACUGUCCUCGAAAAGAUUAUGUUCCGGAAAAAUCUCUACGAACUUCGCGAGAACAGGCGUAUCAAGCCACAAGUUUUGUCGGAAAUGAUCUCAAAUCUCGCCUAUCAACAUCGCUUUGGUAGCUACUUCACAGAGCCGCUCGUUGCUGGUUUGGAUGAUUCUAACAAGCCAUACAUCUGUUGCAUGGAUACAAUUGGUUGCGUUUCGGCUCCACGGGAUUUCGUCGCCGUGGGAACUGGACAAGAAUACUUGCUAGGAGUUUGUGAAAACUUCUGGCGCGAGAACAUGAAACCCGAUGAACUCUUUGAAGCAACUGCUCAGUCCAUCCUUUCCUGCUUGGAGCGUGACGCUGCAUCCGGAUGGGGAGCUGUCGUCUACACAAUUACUAAAGACAAAGUAAACGUUUCAACUAUCAAGGCUCGCAUGGAUUAA